GGUGCUCAUGGGGCAGGCGGAGACAAGCUUGCAGCACUGAGCCAAACAGGACCAGUCCGUGAUGUCCAGCACCAAAUUAGAGGAUUCCCUCCCUCGUCGCAACUGGUCAUCUGCUUCGGAGCUGAAUGAAACUCAAGAGCCGUUUUUAAACCCCACGGACUAUGACGACGAGGAAUUCCUGCGGUACCUGUGGAGGGAAUACCUACACCCAAAAGAAUAUGAGUGGGUCCUGAUCGCAGGGUAUAUCAUCGUGUUCGUUGUGGCUCUCAUCGGGAACGUCCUGGUCUGUGUGGCAGUGUGGAAGAACCAUCACAUGAGAACAGUCACCAACUACUUCAUAGUCAACCUUUCCCUGGCAGACGUGCUUGUGACCAUCACCUGCCUUCCAGCCACCCUCGUUGUUGACAUCACCGAGACCUGGUUCUUUGGACAGUCCCUUUGUAAGGUCAUUCCUUAUUUACAGACUGUGUCAGUGUCUGUGUCUGUUCUUACAUUGAGCUGCAUUGCCUUGGACCGAUGGUACGCCAUUUGUCACCCUUUGAUGUUCAAGAGCACAGCCAAACGGGCUCGAAACAGCAUCGUCGUCAUCUGGAUUGUCUCCUGCAUCAUAAUGAUUCCUCAAGCCAUUGUCAUGGAGUGCAGCAGCAUGCUCCCUGGCCUAGCUAAUAAGACCACCCUCUUUACAGUAUGUGAUGAGCACUGGGGCGGUGAAGUUUACCCAAAGAUGUACCAUAUCUGCUUCUUUCUGGUGACGUACAUGGCACCUCUGUGUCUUAUGGUAUUGGUUUAUCUCCAAAUAUUCCGUAAACUCUGGUGCCGACAGAUUCCUGGAACUUCUUCUGUGGUUCAGAGAAAAUGGAAGCAGCCACAGCCGGUUUCUCAGCCCCGGGGGUCCGGACAGCAGAGCAAGGCCCGGAUUAGCGCUGUUGCUGCUGAGAUAAAGCAGAUCAGAGCACGAAGGAAAACAGCCCGGAUGCUCAUGGUUGUUCUUCUGGUCUUUGCAAUUUGCUAUCUACCAAUCAGCAUCCUCAAUGUGCUAAAGAGAGUAUUUGGGAUGUUUACACACACCGAAGACAGAGAGACUGUCUACGCUUGGUUCACUUUUUCUCAUUGGCUUGUAUAUGCCAAUAGUGCUGCAAAUCCAAUCAUUUAUAAUUUCCUUAGUGGAAAAUUUCGAGAGGAAUUUAAAGCUGCCUUUUCUUGUUGUCUUGGGGUUCAUCAUCGCCAAGGAGAUAGCCUCACCAGGGGACGCACAAGCACCGAGAGCAGGAAGUCCCUGACAACUCAGAUCAGCAACUUUGAUAAUGUAUCAAAACUCUCAGAGCACGUGGUCCUUACCAGCAUCUGCACACUCCCAGCAGCCAACGGGGCAGGACCGCUUCAAAACUGGUACCUACAGCAGGGAGUACCGUCUUCACUCCUGUCCGCCUGGCUGGAGGUGUGA